UCAGACAUUAUCAACUGUUUUCUGCUCUGUUUGAUUUAAAGUAUCAAUUGUUUCAGACCCAGAACGCUAUCAGAACCUGUUUGAGUCCGAACAAUUAAUAUUCAAAUUAAACUAAAAAACCGGCGUUGAUGUUGACAGGUCAGAAACAAAAUUGAUAUUCAUUAAAUAAAAAUCAUCAACACGAAAAGUUGUUGUACACAAAUAUUUACACCCAGCAAGUAUAGCCUGAUAGUUUCCUCCAUUUGCCGCCUUUUUUGUGAUAACGUCCAACGCAGAACUUACAAGAAAAAAAUGGAUAUUUGUUUCUGAAGGAUUUCUAAAACUAUCUGCAAGCGCUUCUCUCAGUCUGUAAAAAGGAAAACCGAGCAAGUCUUAACAAUUUUAUUUUACCCUAUUUUAAACCCUACUUCGUUAAAAUUGGCGGGCAAACUUGUACAAAAAGAAGUCGGUGAUAAACCUGUCCAGGGAUCUUUUAGUCAUUUUGAUUUUUAAUCCUUACUAACUUAUUUUCUCGAGAUCAUGGACAAGGAGGAGAUAAUCAGGAAUAUACAAACGAUCAUUAAAGCAGAACCGGGAAAACUCAACGGGCCUUUAUAUUCCAUAUCAAGAAGACAGAUGGCAAGGUUGUGUUUGGAUGCUGGUGAGGAGCUCAAUGCCAUAUAUCACUUGACUGAAUCGCACGGAGUAGGCUUACGUCAGGCAACCCUUUUUGAGAUCGCCAGGGAAGAAGGGAACUUUAGGCUGGAUGCAGACAUAGUAUCGUUCACGAAAGGGUAUGCUAAACGUGAGGCAGAAGGAAUGCUUGAAAGGCUCAAAGAAAUGCCUUCAGAAUGGACAAUAGUACAGGUGACAAGAGAGUAUGACCCUUUUGAACUUUUUAAUCCUAGAUGUCCAGAGACGAGCCCAAAACUCAAAGGUUUCCACAUAACGAGACUGCCAUGUGGGAAUGCGCCAUCACAACUGCCAUUAACAGUAGAAAGCUGUUGGCCAGCUGAUGCACUAAAGGACCCUGUAGAAGGGUUUUGGAAUGUGAAAAAAAAAUUGAAAAUGCGCCAAGGUGUCUCAUCGUGUAUUAGAAAAUUAAGAAAGGAAGCUGCAGAUGAAGCAGAGAGUUAUUGUAGAGAUUUUGGUCGAAUGGCUUUAAAACAGUGGGUGGUGUUGUUUCUUGGAAAGCUUUGUGAUAAGAACUUAGAAAACGAAAUAAGAAAGAAAAUUGAUGAGGUCCUUAAAAAAUAUCCUGAAGUUACUAAGAGGCAAAGAUAUGUCAUUUAUCUCCUUGCUGAAGGCUCAGUGCAUUUAAGAGAUGAAGAGUUGGAUGAUGGGAUUUUCAGCAUAACCAUUAAAAAUGAAACACUGCAAGAUGAACUAUAUGAAACAAUUACCAAUAUUAGAGAAGAUUACAGUUCGCUUCCAGUUCAGAGGCGAUAUCCUGUCAUUUUAAUAUUGGAUGAGCAUUUAGACUUGCUACCCUGGGAAAAUUUGUUGAUAUUCAGACGACAUCCAUUUUCUAGGGUGCCUUCAUUGCAUUUUGCCCACAGCCUUUACAUGCUGCAUAAAAAUGAAAUAAAAAAUGGAUUGAGAAUGUUUUUAAGAGAGCUGCCUGAAAAUGAAAUAUGUUACUACAUAGUUAAUCCUGAAGGUGAUUUACCAACUGUGGAGGAAAAUCUUGCUAAAUUUCUUAAGAAAAGGUUUCCAAACUGGGUCGGAAUCAUAGGUAAAAAACCAUCGCAGGAAGAACUAAUUUCAGCUCUGACGAAGAGUAAUACUUUUGUAUACUGCGGUCAUGGUAGUGGCAGUCAGUACAUGGCGAGCGAAACCGUAUCAAAGCUGAAGGUCAAACCUGUACAGCUUCUUUUCGGUUGCUCAAGCGUUGCUUUGAAAGACCAUGGGGGAAUUGUUGAAAUGACUGGAGAUGUACUUCAGUAUGCUGUAGCAGGAAGUGGUUGUACUGUUGGAAUGCUGUGGGCAGUCACAUCCCAUGAUACUGACUUAAUGACGAUGAACAUCGCAAACCUUUGGCUGCCUGGAACUGCAAUCGAUGUUAAAACAUUUGAACCGUUGCCAGAAGGAAAGGUAAAAAAAGAGCCAGAACUCUUAAGAGCAAUAAAAGAGUCAAGAGAAGUAGCAUCACUUUUUACCAACAAAGCCGCCUUUAUAGCUAGGGGAAUUCCGAUAAAGAUUGUCACGGGAGAUAAAAAUCUAUGACAAACUUUUGUUUGUACUAUAUAGUAUUAUAUCUAAAAAAUUAAUGUGAACAAUGUAUUUAUAUUAUAUAUUAAAGUGAA